AUGCCCUCUUCAAGUCUUAAUUCCGCCCCCGAGGAAGAAUACGACUUGCGACAGUGCGCUGAGUGGCUGAACCGCUGCCGGAUUAUUCCCGAUGAUCAUCCUACAUUAAUGCCAGAAGGAUGUGGCCUGCAACUUGUUCAGACCCUUAUGGACGGAGUUGCCAUUUGCAACCUUCUCACCACUUUGACAAAUGGUGAGGUGGAUCCGAGGAAAAUGAAGGACUUUAGUCCCAGGCCACAGCAGUCGCAAUUCCUAUGUGUUCAGAACAUUCGAUUGUUCAUCAACCUGUGUGAAGAGGAAUUCGGGAUCGACCGGAAAUACUUAAUUGAACCGAGUGAUCUAUAUCACGCAAAAAAUUUUGGAAAAGUCAUUGAAUUGUUAUCUAGAUUAUCGCGCUGUCCCAGAUCGCAGCUCUCAGGGAUACCGGAUGACAUGCAAGUGGCUGCAGAAUCUAAUUAUGCUGACAUGGAAGAGGAAACAAAUGAAAUUGUUUACGAUACGAUUGUACAUGGAGGCGGAAAAACUUCAACGCCGGAGCUUCAUUGUAUUCAUCGUGAACUACUCUCAAACUUGAGCCUGGCCGUUAGCACGACGCUGACUGUGCUAACUCUUGGUGAAGUAUUUAUAAAGAUCCGGGACCGGCUAUUGAUCUAUGGUGAAUAUUGUGGCCACGUUCAGAGGGCUCAGACGCUUGUUUUAGAGAUAACCAAGAAUGACGUCGAAAAACGAACAAAGGUCCAGGAAUGCCAAGCUCAGUCGGAAAAUUAUAGUAAAUUUCAUCUCACAGAACUGUUGACAGUUCCCAUGCAGAGAGUUUUGAAGUAUCAUCUUUUGCUCGAGCAACUCUGCAAGUUAACUGAUGAUGACCACCCCGAGAAGCCUGAAUUGCUGACCGCUUUGGAUGGCAUGCGAGAGCUCGCGCAAACAAUAAACGAGGUUAAACGUGACUUGGAUACCAUUUGCGCUAUUGACCAGAUCCAAGCGAGGUUAGUGUUGCAACAAAUGCUCCUUUAG